AUGUCGUGUAGAGCUAGACAUUUUAAUCAGAAAUGUGCGCGCUACAAUUACGCCGCAUCACAACGUAAUAUGAUUAGUAAAUUUGUUAUAUUAUCAAUUUAUUUCUUGCUGUUUUUUUUACUUGCUCGUUUGAUUGAUUUAUAUGUAUUUUGUUUUCAACGAUCAACAACGUCUAAUACACGUUUACAAUCAACAGAUUUAAGUGUUAAACAACUGAAACAUAUUCUUGAUUUAAGAGGUAUUAACUAUGCAAAUAUUUAUGAAAAAUAUGAAUUGAUCGGACUCGUUCAACAGAUGGGUUCGAUAAGAAAAGAGGAACUGUUUGAACGAACAGAAAAUAUUCAAGCUUACAGCACUAAUUUUUCAUCCUAUAAACAACUUGUGGAUAUGGUUGAAUAUUGUGAAGAGAACAUAUGGCUAAUUCAUCUAAUUCCAAAUGAAAAAACGUCAUCAGUUAUUCUAGCACAAAACGAAUGGUUAAAUAUCACUCGUCGUCUCGCUAUUUAUGGUAUCAAAACUGGAACGUUUAAUUGCGUACAAGAACGGAAUUCUUGUCAAAAAUUAUCAUCAUCAUUCAAUGAACAAUUACUUUUGAUUCUUCCGAAUUCAAAGCACUCUUCUUCCUCCUCAACAUCAUCAUCAUAUGAAAAUAUAUCGUCAACAAUCUAUUCUUAUCAGUUAUUAUCAUCAAAUUAUCGUCAUUAUCAACAUAUUUUAUUUUGGUUAACAAAAAUGUUCAUGAAUCAUCAUCGAAAAGAAAAUGAUUGGUAUGAAUUAUUUCCAUCUCAAACAAAACCAAGAUUAACGCUCUCUUUAACGAGUGGACAAAAGAUGGCACCACUCUUCUAUUUGACAUUAUCAAUACGUUAUAGACAUUAUAUGAAUUUUAUUGUUAUUGAGCAUAACAAUAAUUUUUCUCUAACAUUUUCUAAAAAUCAAACAUCGUAUAUUUACGGUCAGAAUGUUCGUUUAAAAGAGUUAUUUACAUUUGAAUCAUUGAAUUUAUUUUUAUCGUAUUUAACAUCUGAUUUAAAUACCAUUGUUCAUUUCUUUUUUUAUAUUCUUAAUUUAUUUCUAUUGUACGACUUAUAUUUAAUAACAACACUGAAAUUAUGUUUGAUAAAAAAAUUAUUUAUUUAUAAUUUUACUUCAUUAUUUAUUUGGUUUAUGACAACAAAUUAUUUUUUUCAUAUUGGUAGUAAUACUUUAUCGCCAUUCAUUCAAUUUAUAACAUUUCAAUUUAUUUUAUUAACAGAUCAAUCGUUAGUAUUAACAAAAUUAAGAAAUGAUAUUCAAUUCUAUAAAUUAAAAACACCAUGGAUUUUAAUUGGUAUUUCUUUACAUGUUGUCACAGGAUUCGCUUUAAAAUGGUAUGAAACAAGAAAGCGAAGAAGAGAAAAUACAAGUACAAAUGAAGAAUAUUUGCAAACUAUACCAUUUGAAAAUAGCCAACGAGAAGAUACCAUGAAUUAUUGUACAAAAUUUUGGCAAUUUUUUUUACGUAUUUUGUUUUCAGAUUCACAACAACGUUCACCUUCAGUUGUUUUGGAUUAUACUAAUGAUGAAAUUACAAAUAUAUUAGACUAUUUUUCUCAUACAUAUACAUACGGUAGUUUAUGGUUAAAUUAUUCUUCAAUUCCAUCUUAUGGGAUAAGUAAUAAUGUAAAUAAUAUUUCAUAUUUAAAACAUUUACCUGUAUGGCGUUUUGGUAUGACAAGACGAGGUGUAUGUGAAACAUUUUCGGAUAUUGAACCAGAAAAUAAUAGACAAUUUGAUGAUGAUAAUGAUGAACAACGACAAUCAUCAGUAAUGAGUCGAAUUUGUAAUUAUUUUAAUCAUAAACGAAAAGAACGAAAACAAUGUCGACGAAGAAAACUAUCAACGAUAUCACCAAUGGAUUUAAGAAAUUGUUAUACAAGUGAAUCGGAUGAUAAUAAUAAUACAAUUAUAAGUCGAAUAUAUCAAUGUUCAAUAUGUUUGGAAAAAUAUAAAUAUGGCGAUUAUCUUUGUAGUCAAAAAUUGGCUAUUUUAUUUGCUCAACGUGGUGCAAUUGUGAUAUUAUGUGAUAUCAAUGAAGAAGGAAACAAACAAACGGUCCAGUUGAUAAAUGAUGCUGGUUUACCGUUAGAUCGCGUUUAUUCGUAUGAAUGUGAUAUUGGCAAACGUGAAGAAGUUUGUAACUUAGUUAAAAGAAUUCAAACGGAUGUUGGAGAAGUGACAAUGAUUGUUAAUAAUGCGGCUGUAUUAUCAUCAAAAGCAUUCUUAGAAACAAGUGAAGUGGAAUUUAUGAGAGCAUUAGAUGUGAAUUUAUUUUCAUCAUAUUGGUUAAUUCGAGAAAUAUUACCGUCAAUGUUGACAAAAAAUCAUGGACAUAUAAUUCAAAUAUUAGGAACAACAGCUUUAUUUGGCUAUGGUCAUUUUAGUGAUAUAUGUACAUCUAAAUUUGCCGUCACAGGAUUAAUGGAAAGUCUAGAUCAUGAAUUAUCACUAGGUGGUUAUGAUGGUAUCUAUACAACAUUGUCUUGUCCUCAUUAUAUAUCAACACAAUUAUAUCAACAAGCAAAAACUCGACUCAACCCACUAUUACCACCAUUGACACUUGAAUAUGCUGCAAAAAAGAUUGUACAUGGUAUAUUGGUGAAUAAAAAAUUUGUUUGUGUUCCAAGAUUUUAUUAUUUAAUACCAUUGAUCAAAGGUAUUCUUCCAUCGAAAGCAUUUUUAGUUCUUUUAAAUACAUUUAUUAAUCCAAAAAUUCCCGUUUUCGUUCGUCAAUCAUCACCACCAAUGACAACUACUGUUCCCACGACAACAAAUCGUAAACGAAACCAUUUUAGUUCAUGCGAAUAA